AUAACUAUAAAUAGAAAGCCCCACCUCCAAAUGAGAUGCAGACACACAUCUCAAGGCAUUGUGCACGUAGACACGAGUGAGCUGUUUAAUUGAGACUUCGUGCAGUCGUGCUCCUAUCUUCUCAUUAGGAUUUAACUUAAUCUGAUCAGAAGAUAGUAUAUGCACACGUGAGUGAGUUUGGCGGUUAAAGUGCGGUGACAGUCUGAGAGUGCGUGCGUGUAGUUUUCAAAAGAAAAAAAAAGUGCGUGUUUCCUAGUUGAACUCGUAAUAGAAUAGGAGUAGUAAACUAAGGAUACGUGGCACUGAUGGAAGGCAGCCGCGGUGACAAGGGCAAGGUAGUGGUGGUGAUGGGCGCCACGGCCACCGGCAAGUCCAAGCUGGCCAUCGACCUCGCAUUGCGGUUCGGCGGCGAGGUGAUCAACUCCGACAAGAUCCAGGUGCACGACGGCCUCGACGUCGUCACCAACAAGGUCACCGACGAGGAGCGCGCCGGCGUGCCGCACCACCUCAUCGGCGGGGUGCCCCCCGACGCCGACUACGGCGUCGACGACUUCCGCCGCGACGCCGCGCGCGCCGUGGCGUCCGUCCUCGCCAGGGGCCGCGUCCCCGUCAUCGCGGGCGGGUCGAACAGGUACCUCGAAGCGCUGCUCGACGGCGAGGGUGGGUCGUUCCGCGAGCGGCACGAGCUGUGCUUCCUGUGGGUGGACUCCCGCGCGCCGGCGCUGCACAGGUACGUGCGCCACCGCGUGGACCGCAUGGUGGAGCAGGGGCUCGUCGGCGAGGUGCGGGGGCUGUUCCGGCUGGACGACGCCGACUACUCCCGGGGGAUCCGGAGGUCCAUCGGCGUGCCGGAGAUGGACGCCUACCUCCGGCAGGAAGCCACCGGCGCCCUACUGACGCACGGAGACAAGUACAAGGUCGCGCUGUUGGCUUCCGCCGUCGGCGAGAUCAAGGCGAACACGUGGAGUCUGGCACGCCGCCAGCUGCGGAAGAUCCACCGGCUCCGCGGCCUGCCCGGCUGGAGCCUCCGCCGGCUCGACGUCACCAGAGUGCUGGAGUUGAAGGUGGAGGCCCGCAGCGAAGCGGAGUGCGCCGCCGCGUGGGAGGCAGACGUCAUCGCGCCUGCGGCGCGGGAGGUGGGGAUGUUUCUGCAUGGAGGAGGGAAUGUGGUGGAGAGCGGUAGGGAGGAGCAGCCGGUGGUGGUAGAGAAGAUGGAGGUUGCGGCAGUGGGUGGUGCCGGUGCGGCGGCGGCCGCGGAGAAGUGGUGUGGUCGGCGGUUGCUGGAGACGACGGCGGCGUACCAUGGAAUGGAGGCGGCCGCGGCAGUUUGACCAGUUAAUAACGUCGGAAGAGUAGUACAUAUAUAUUCAUGACGUUUCAUGGUUUGGUUUGGUUAGGUUAGCUGGCGAUUAUUUUAUUAAUUAAUUGUUUCAUUUUUUAAUAAUUGUUGUAUCCAUUUAAUAAACUCAACCUGAAGGUUGAUUUUCGGAAUGUAAGUUUGCGUCACCUCUUCUCAAUA